AUGCGCCCUCUGACCGUGCUGUUCCUCCUGUGUUUGGGCGCGUCGCGGCGGCAGUACUUCGCGGUGGACGCGGGCCCGCUGGACAGCCCCAGCUUCCUGACGGACGAGGAUUUCCGGAAUGCGGAGGGUGUGGAUACGAGCAAGCCGAUGAAGGUGAUCUUGAAUGAUCAGCACUUUCAUCGAAAGGUGAGUUGGUUUUUCUAGGUUUUGAAAGCUCAAAAUUUUCAUAAUGCUGCAAAAAUUGCAGUCAAAUUGUACGUAAGCUGAAACAUCUUUUUUCUGUCCGAAAAUCCAUAUUUUCCGUACUCUCUCGUAAAAAGAUCGUUGAAAUUUGUCGGCUGCGGCUCAAAGGGCUCCACGGAAUUUUCAGGGAUUGAUGCAUUUUUCUUCGUCUUCAAGAGAAGACAAGAUAUGCAUUUUGCGGAACGUCGUCAAUUGGGAAAAACGAUUGGGAAAAAUGAAAUCAGUUCUUCCCUUUUCGGCUAGCCAAAACCACAGCUCGGUAGCCUAUCCUUCCCAUUCUCACAAAAGUUCCACUUGCAGUCGCUUUCAGCUACCCAUGCCCUUAAAGCCGUUAAUGAAACGACCUUAAGCCCUCUGUAUAAAGUCCAAAAUUUGAAAUUUUUAUAAGACCCCAUCUAUCAUGUGCUUCGGAGGUUAGGUGGGUCAACUAAGGGCAUGUCGGGUCUAGACAUGGCUCCCGGGCCGGCCUGGGCCGGACCGAAAUUUCGGCCCGUCGGCCCGAUUUUAGAUCGGCCGGGCCGGCGUUUCGGCCCGGCCCGGCCCGGAAUGUCUAAAAUCCAGAGUCUCGAAUCUAAAAUUGGGUUUGAUAAUGAAAAUAAACGCAAUGUCAAGACACAAUUGGUUUUUUUAAAGGUAUUUUUGCUUUUAGAUAUAUAGCUAUGGAACACAGUAUUUGUCCAUUUACAUGAUGAUAGAAAAAAAAUUGGUCAUAAGGAGUUAGACUUGGGUUGACUUUCGUUUCAAGAAGCAAAUUUAAAACGGGCCGGGCCGACGGAAAAUUUGAAACGGGCCGGGCCGGUCGGAACCUUUCGGGCCGACGGGCCGGGCCGAGAUUUUCGGCCCGGGCCGGCUGACGAGCCAUGUCUAAUCGGGUCAAAAGAGACUAUCAAUCAAGUUUUCUGGUUGCGCAACAAAGUGUGGGGUUUUGCUAGCCAAGAAGGCAAAAAAUAUAUAAUUUUACUUUCAUUACAUAAUUUCUUGUGUUUCUCCAAUUUUUGUCUUUUAACCAAUCGUAUUUUAAAACCCUCAUUCCCCAAAUUUCAGCGAGUCCGUCGAGGUUCGGUCGUCUCGUUCGAGACGGACAAAUGGCCCAACGGACGGGUACCCUACGUCCUCUCCAGUCAAUACAGUAAGUCGGAUAGCGAAUAAUAACGAGAGUCGCGCUUCUUUAAUCCUUUCACAAACUCUUCAGCGCAACAACAGCGGGCGGUUCUGGCCCGUUCCAUGGCCGCGUAUUCGGCCAAGACCUGCAUUAGAUUCGUGCCGAAGGAAAGCCGAGACAAGGAUUAUAUCGUCAUCCAGAAGCUGGAUGGGUGAGUUCUUUGAGGGCGGGGAAAUUUUUUGGCUGUAAAAUGUAAUGGGGUUGGGAUUUUUUUGGAUUAAAAAGGUCAGAAAAUCUUAUUAUUAGAAGAAUUUUUUUAGUCUCUCGAGAAAAUAAUGAGCACAGAGUCGCAAUCGCGUCGCUGAAGUCAAGAGAAAUUUGAUUUUGCCGCGACACAGUUCAUUUUCUCGGCGACCAUGUGGUUUUUGAUGCGGCAGAGUGCUCAUUAUUUUUCCGACAGACUGAUAUUUGAUCUUUCGGGCGACUUUUUUAAAUCGAUUUUUUAUGAAAUUGAGUACGGUGAAGGUCUACGAGGGGAGGUCACCCAAGACUCUUUUCUUUUCUUUGUUCAUUAUCUUCGUUGUUACUGCAUAGAGUGUUCCGAAAUUUUGGAUUAUUUAAAAUGAGCUCAGCCACUUUUGCCUUGCCAAAUUAUGAACCUCCUCAGGCCAGGGUCGGAGGAAAAAAUGUGACGAGGGACCACGGUAGUUUUCUUUUUACAUGUAUCCCCUGCCCCUCCCCCCGGUGACCUCCACCCAGAACCUUUGGCCAGCUACGCCCCUGCACAAUGUGUUAAAGUGGCCUACGCGAUUCCCAGUUUUUGACUCUGAUUUUUUUGAAAUUGACAAAGCUUGUUUUGUUGGCUAAAUUUUCACUUGACUUUUUCGGCCUUGAAGGAUUUCUUGUUUUUUGUGGCAGUUGUAGAAGUAAAUUCUAGACCAAAAUGAACUUCCGUUCUCUUCUGUAACGGAUUAGUUCUCUACCUUCGUAGUUUGUUGUGCAGGGGUUUGCUGUGUUUAGGACCUCGGUACUAAUUUAUAAGACAACUCCCCGUUUUUUCGUUAAAAUCGAUUGUAGAGAAAUAAAAAAACCUUAAAAUACGUUGUUUAAAAAGGCUGUUGAAUUAAUUAGUCAUUGUCACCAAAAAUACUGCAAACAAUUUGCAGCUGUUACGCGGACUUUGCCCGGGUCGGAGGGCGCCAACAAGUUUCCUUGGCCGAUGAAUGCAUCGAUUACGCAACUAUUAUUCACGAGCUGAUGCAUGUGAUUGGAUUUAUUCAUGAACAUCAACGGGACGAUCGGGACCAAUUUGUAAAAAUUAUUUGGAAAAAUGUCAUUGAUGGUAAGUCAAAAAAUAAAGUUAUUUUUUUGACUCACCUCUUCCAAAUUUUAAGUUGUCCUGUCGUAUUUUACAUUUCUGAAAAAAAAAUUGUUUGCACUGUGUUGAAUUUUAUUCUCAUCGCACAGUGCCGUGAAACAGAUCCAAAAGGAAAAUCCCGCACAGUGCAGUCGUCGCAAGAUUCUGUUUGUUUUGCACUGCGCAACGAGAGAAAAUCAUGAAAUGCACAGUGCGUUUGGAAACCAAAAUUUUUCCUCUAAUUGCACUGUGCGAAGGAGGAGAAAGUUUUCGGCUGCAAAAAAGCUUGUCGAAAGCUUUAUUUUUUCUGCACUGUGCAGUGAGGGAAAAAUUGUGAAAGCACAGUGUGGUUUGAAAAACAAAAUUUUUCCUCUGGUUGCACGGUGCAAUCAAUGUUAUUGUUUUCCAGCAUUAUGUAGUGAGCAAAAAACUUGUUUUUGGUUGCACUGUCCAAAUUAGGAAAAAAUCGGUUGCACGGUGCAACCGAUGUUUUUUUGCUUUUUUUUUGCACUGUGCAAUGAGAAAAAAAUAAUGAAACGCACAGUGCAGUUCGCAAAAAAGCUUGUUUUGGGUCGGCGCAAUCCGAAUUUUUGUUUCUACGUACUGCGACAGAAAAAAUAACUUAAAAUAAAUGUAAAAUACGCCUCCCGAGCAACAAUUUUUUAAUGUAAUCCGUAUAUUUUAAUAUUCAAAAUUUUAAAUUUUUGGAUGUGAAUAUGCGAAUUUGAUAGAUGCAUAUCACUUUUCAAAUUUUCUCAUUUGAAUUUGUUUCAUAACUCCAAAUUUUCACUUUCAAAAUUUGCAUUUAUGCUAUUUAAAUUUCAAGUCUUAAAUUUUCAGGUGCAAACGCCGAUUUUGACAAAAUAUCGUCGCAAGGUCUCUCAAACUUUGGCGAGGGCUACGACUAUUUCUCCAUAAUGCACUACGAGUCCACGGAAGGGAGUAAAAACGGGAAGAAUACGAUCGAAUCGAAACGACCGGGCUUUACGGCACUCAUGGGAAAAUCGACCGAUUUCACUCGAGGCGAUCUGAAUCGAAUAAACAAAGCCUAUCAAUGCUUUCGAGGGACCAGGAGGCAUCGACAGCGGAUGAACUAG